UCUUGAAUGAUGGCGGCGACAGCAGUCUGCUACGUAGCUCAUCCAAGUUUCAUGGUGUUUCAAGAGCUCCUCGCUCAGCAAGAAGGCGCGUCAGAAGCAGCGAGACAGCUCGCAUGUUGCUGAAGGCUCUCAGUCUGCUGUCUCUUCCCUGCUGAGCUUGGCCCUGAAAGAUUACCCCAACAAGAACUUCUUCUAGUUUGUAUUGGAAGACAAAGGAAUCAGCUGAUCAGUCAAUUUAGUGUCUUGAGUUUUUGAUCAUGUCCUCCAUGGCCGUCGCUGCGGCCCAAAAGGUUGCAGCCCCCUCGUUUAGCCCCUAUGCAAGUACUCCCUCCAUGGCAGCCCGCAUCUCUCUCUCAGCAGAUUCAAGUGUCGGUUCUCACGUCGUGACAGGCAACUCUUCUCACAGGCAGGGCCAGCAGCCAUCGCUGAGCACUUCGUUCAGGGGGGUCCCUCUUCCUCCCAGCCUGACCCCCCCGCCGCAAAACCCGACCCGCGGAAUGGCUAGGAAUGGUGUACAGCUUGCAGAGCCGCAGUUUGUGCAGAGCGAGUAUGCUCAGGCCAUGGCAGCAAAUGCGCUCCUGCAGCAGCGGUUAGAGGCGGAGCGGCAGGGGUAUGGGGCUGAUCCCCGGGCUUCUUUUGGCCCGGAGCUUGUGGAUCAUGGCCAAUUCUUUCCUCCAGCUAGUUUUGAGGACAGCCUCGCAUCGCAAUCGGACUUUGGGAGGGAUCUCAGGGCCCCUGCUCCUGUACAUAGCAGGUCCUAUGCACCCUUCCCUGGAGCUUAUAGAAACGAUGCUGUCUUUCGGGGCGAUGCUGUGUACAGAGACGAGCGUCUGGUAGAGGAUUAUGGUAGGUUGAUGUAUAGAAGGGAGCAGGAGUUCGAGAGGCCAUCAACCAGUUUUGACCGGUCUCCAUCCGCCUACAGUCAUCGGGCCUUUAGCAACUUUCCUGCUGAGGACAAGCCUUCCCCUGAUGCAUUUGUCAGCCUUGCGAACCGCCUCAACAACGCAGCGUUGAACCAUAACCGGAGUGUAAACCUCGAUUUGAACCACAGGCCCUUCACAGCCGCAGAGCAUCCCCGGCCGCAUAACCCCAGGAUAGACACCCAGCCGUUCAAUGCUGCAAUCGCCGGGAUUGUGGAAUCUUUGGAAAAGUCUCUGGCGAUCUCGCCUCCUGCGGAGCGGACUCAUGAGUGGGGUUUCAGUCCUAGGGGCCAGGAGACCCCCCGGUACAGGUUUGAAGAGGAGAUGCGUAAUAGGAAUGGUAGAGGGUUUGAGGGGUUUAGGGAGCUAGAUGAUGUGCUGCCUAAUGGGAGGCAGGUGGAUCCGACCAGGGUGAUGGUCAGCGGAAUCUCAUGGCAGAUGAGCGCGCACCAAAUUCGGGAUGAGCUGGUACAUCGGUGUAGCAAGCUCGGCAAAGUUGUGGACAUAGAGGUUGCUCAGUACAGGGGGAACAGUCCAUCGCAGCUGGAUCGAGGUCGGCACCGGGGCUUUGCUUUUGUGACCAUGGAGACUCCUGAGCAGGCAUCUCUGGUGAUGGCUGCGCUACACAAGGUAGACAUGGGGGGCAUGCAGGUCCAAACCAAGCCAGGGGUGGUCAAGGACCCUAUGUUUGCUCGCCGCAACUAUGCCAAGAAGAAGGCGGAGGAAGUUGUCCACAAGCCCCUUGGCAGGAAGCACGUCAAGGUGUUUGUCGGCAACCUUUGGUUUGGCACUGACGCUGAGAGGCUUCGAGAGGCCUUCCACGAGUUCGGGCUGAUUGUUGACACGAAGGUGGUCAGGGACAAGGAUUCUGGCGAAUCUCGUGGCUUUGGCUUCGUCACCUUUGCCAACGAGUCUGCAGCAAUCGAGGCUAUCAGUGCUCGCGAUGGGGCAAUCCUGGACGGCCGCAAGUUGGUCGUCAACGUUUCUCGGAGUUGGGCGGGUUCUAGUGGAGAGGAGGAGAGUAGUAGCGAGGGUGCUUCUUCAGAGUUCUCACAUGAGAGGCAUUAGCAUGGAGCGUCGGGAACUGUUUCUUUCAAAGUUGCAAGACGCUGCAACAUAGCUGUGGAUAAUUGAUCACUUGUUCACGGUACAUAGUCUGAAGCUGGUACGAUGAGCCGGUUGAGGAGUUGUGUGAUUCGGGAUGUUAUUAUAGCUUUAGGAACGAUAGCACAUCUAAGGCUGUUUUAAGUCACUAGGCAAUGACAUAUGUGGAUCCAUUGCUUCUGGGAUAUCGAGUUGGAAUAGACCUAGGUGCAAGUUGCAUCCAGUACACUGGUGGUAUUACAAGUAGACGAAGUUUAACCUUGACUUUGGAGUUUUGCAUGCGUAGUUGCCACAUUGGCUCUCCUAUCAAAAAACUUACAUUCAUAAACACUUUUUGAAACGUUGUCCUCAAGCAAGCUUGUACCACCAUUCACUUGGGCGGGUUUUUAGUUCAGCGAUGGAUUGGUAUUCGGAAUCUAAGCAAUUUCAAGUAUGAUAGGAUUUCUUUCUUAUUUUAUGAUUUGUACGUAAGUGUGGUUGUAGUCUAGUUCAAGGCCU